AUGAGUGCGAUAGGAGGAAAUCCUGCAAAGAAUCGCAGGAUCAGCCUGAAACAUGUCGAGACUGUACCGCGCGUUGCGAAUCGAUGCUUUCGUGAUCGUUGCGUCGCCAUCCGCGACUACAUGCGGCUGCUGGCCAGGCAGGGAAGAAAUUUCGACCAUCAGCUGAGGGAUUACGAUGCGAAUAUGCACAGAGCAGCGGAUUCCUCCGUCUUCUUCUGCUCGCGCCCCAUUCAAACGGCGCUGAGCCGGAAGGUUUUCAACAUCCUCCUCAUCUGCCUUUCCGCCAUGUACCUCUCCAUCACUGCGGCAUGGGCGAGGAGGGUCGCGACGGGGGGCAGCCACAAGUUGCGGUGCUUCCGCUUCUCUUGCUUCGAGCUUCGCGAUGGAAGCAGGUGCAACGGGCGUGUGAGCCUGCAGAGAGUUGGGAUCCUGCACUACGAGAGCAGCGCCGAGCAUGACGAGGCCGGGGUUGGCCCUACACUGGCGGAGGAGGGGUGGGGCAACUGCACGAUAGACUUGAAGUUCCCCAAGCCCGUGAAGAUGAACGGCUUCUUCUUCGUCACAGCGAGCGGGAGAGGCACAGAGAGCGAGGACCCGGUUCGCUUCCUGCUGGAGGGCUCGCAGUGCGACGGCAGGUGGAAGGUGGUUGGAGCGUCGGCAUGGCGAUAUGACUGGCUGAAGACGAAGAGCGAGGACUUGAGCGUGUAUCGCUUCUGGAAUGGCCGGUACAACACAACCAAGUCUCGAGGAGAGAUGGAAGUUCUGUCGUUCCACACACCAGGGUUGGAGACGCUCCUCAUCGUGCUGCUAAAUCUCUUUAGGACCCUGCUGCUCGGCGUUCCCGCCAUGUUCGGUCUGCUGAAGAGGGAGGAGCAGGGUAAGAAAGCGAUCCAGGUUGGAAUCCUCUGCCUGGUCGCCAACUUGCUGGCCUUGCUGUGCGUUGACGAGGAGAAUCGGCUGGGAAUGAUGACCAAUGUCAUUCUCUCUCUCAGCUUCUUCCUCUCCCUCCGCUACUUCGAAGACGAGACUCUCUUCUGGCUCUCUGCCUUGGUUAUCUUCGGCUCCUGGUGCGUGCUCGGCUACAUGAUCGCUUACACCGCAAUCUUCCGCGUUGGCCUGCUCGUCUCUCUCUCCAGCACGUGCGUGCUGCUGUACAGGGACCAUGUGCUGUCCACGAGCUGGAACCUGGUCAACUUCGACAGGGCGAGGUAUGAGGAAGGAUGGAGACUCUUCCUCUCGCGCCUGGAGCAGGAGGAGGAGGUGAAGCAGCUCUCCAACUACCUCCGUCACAUCGUCGGGAACGCGUCGAUCCACAGCCUGCAGGCGGGGAUGGUCAUGCGGCGGUGGUUGAAGAAGAAGUCGUUUUCUGAUCUACUUCAGAUGCGAUUCUCCUCUUCUGUGUCUGAUGGGGUGAUGCAAGUCGACAGGGAUGGAGUUCCGGUCCAAUCGCUCCAUCGCCUCUACUCGCAGGCUGUUUGCCUGCAGGUAGUCCUUGCGGAGAAGGUGAGGUGGUGGGCGUCGCAAUCUAGAGGAUACUUUGUGGUUCAGGAUCAGGAGGGGAGGAACGCGUUCAUAACUUGUGAGGAGGCGCUUGCUCUGCAAGACUCAUCUCCGACUUCUUCGAGUAUCAUCCCCCUCAAGUCCAUCAGCAGAACCAUCGAGAAGGUGGCGCGAAGUUACGGAGGAGAAGUUUGCCGCGUCCUUGACAUCUCCCGCGCUCGGAUUGUGUUCGACGACAUCGAGGGAGUCUCGAGAUGCUUGUCAAUCAUCAAGAAUGACAGAGACGUUGAAAUCCUGCGACUCAAGGGGAGGAUGGCGCAGGAUCAGCGGGCAGACUGCGAGGAGAGCGACGGAGACAGCUUCGGUAGGAGGGACCUGAUGAUGAACAUCUGCAUCAGGAACGAAGAGACAAUCUGCCUUGGGGUCGAGAACCACAUCGCCGAGGUUCAAUUGCAAGUCAUCACGCUCGCUGCCCUCCAGACGAGCGAAGCGCAUUCCCGUUACCUCGCAGUGAGAAACUUGAGGAGGGAAUGA